AUGGCUUCUUUCAACAUCACUGAACCUCAUCCCUCUUCAUUCCUGUUACUAGGAAUUCCAGGAUUGGAAGCUUCACAAGUCUGGUUUGGUUUUCCCUUCUGUGUUGUGUAUCUAAUUGCUCUUGUGGGAAAUAUUAUUAUCUUAUUUGUGAUCUGGACCGAUCAUAGCCUUCACCAGCCAAUGUUCUACUUUCUGGCCAUGCUAUCAGGGAUUGACCUGAGUCUCUCCACUGCUACCAUCCCCAAAAUGUUGGGUAUUUUCUGGUUCAGCCUCCAGGAACUGUGCUUCGGGUGUUGUGUUGCACAAGUCUUUUUUAUCCACUUUUUCACAGUCAUGGAGAGCAUCGUACUUCUUGCUAUGGGCUUCGAUCGCUAUGUGGCUAUUUGCAACCCUCUUCGAUACACUAUGAUCCUCACCAACAGAACUGUCGCUGUGAUUGGUGUGGUUGUAGUCCUACGAAGCCUAUGUAUGAUUGUUCCCAUUAUUUUUCUCCUCCUGAGACUGCCUUAUUGUGGACACAGAAUCAUCCCUCACACGUAUUGUGAGCACAUGGGAGUGGCUCGCCUGGCUUGUGCCAGCAUCAGUAUCAAUGUCUAUUUUGGUCUUGGGAAUAUUUCUAUCUUGUUUAUGGAUGUACUACUUAUUAUUAUCUCCUAUGCUAGGAUAUUACACGCUGUCUUCCACCUUCCUUCCCAAGAUUCCCGCCUGAAAGCUCUCAACACUUGUAGCUCUCAUAUCUGUGUCAUUAUAGCUUUCUUUGGGCCAGCUCUGUUCUCCUUCCUCACUCAUCGCUUUGGCCAUGAUAUUCCCCAGUAUAUACAUAUACUCCUAGCUAAUCUCUAUGUUGUUAUUCCCCCUGCCCUCAACCCAGUCAUAUAUGGGAUUAGGACCAAGCAGAUCCAGGAGCGGGUACAAAAUCUGUUUGUUAAAAGACUGAAUGAGAGGUAA